AUGCGCACCUCCAUUGAUACUACUAUUCUCUUCUUCUUCAUCUUCAUCUUCAUUACCCCAUUUUCUUCUUCACUACCACACCACCAUUCCCAUUUCCUCAAACACAAUCUUCCCCACACCAGUACUCCACAUCCAUACAUCGAAAUCAGUCAUCCAUUACCCUUUACUAACCUCACUCCAUCUUGUUCUCAUCUCUCAUUCACCCACAACUUCGGCAACACAUAUGGCCUUCCACCUGUCUCCGUCCCUUACUCCUCUCCCUUCAAUUGCUCAUGGACCCAUGUGGUUCUCCAGUUCAAAGCAUCUUGCAAAGGCGAACAGUAUGACCGUAUUGCCGCCGUUUGGUUAGACGGCGCUGAGCUUCUCCGUACCAGUACUGCUGAGCCCAACGAUGACGGAAUUUACUGGACUGUUGCGAAAGAUGUCACCAAGUACAGUUCGAUUCUUGUUAAGGAGAAUAUUACUCUUUCUGUUAUGCUGGAAAAUCUGGUUAAUGAUAUUUUUACUGGUGUGUAUCAUGUGAAUGUUACUUUUUUAUACUAUGAUGCUAAGAAUGUUACGGGGGUUCAAUUGGAUGAUUAUGUUGAUAAUCUGAUUUCAAUGGGAGCGAGCAAAAUGGGAAGUUUGCUGGGUUCAGAUGACAGACCGGCGGAUUUGAUAUUGCCUAUUUCAGCUAAUGGAGAUAAUGGGCUUUGGUUUCGAAUUGAGAGUGAAUCGGGAUCAUAUGGGCAAAAUGUUGUGAUUCCUAGGAAUACUUAUAAAGCUGUGAUGGAGAUUUAUGUAUCGUUUCAUGGGAAUGAUGAGUUUUGGUACUCUAAUCCACCGGAUUCAUAUAUAAAGAUGAAUAAUUUGACCACAAAGAGAGGACAUGGAGCGUAUAGGGAGGUUUUGUUGAAGAUAGAUGAGAAUUUGGUGGGAUCUUUGGUACCAUUUCCGGUGGUUUUCACAGGAGGAAUCAAUCCUUUGUUCUGGGAACCAGUGGUUUCAAUUGGUGCCUUUGAUCUUCCUUCUUAUGAUAUUGAUUUAACGCCAUUUUUGGGGCUUUUGCUUGAUGAUAAAUCCCACUUUUUGAGUCUUGGAGUGGCGGAUAGUAUCCCAUUUUGGUUAGUGGAUGGGAAUUUGCAUCUAUGGGUAGAUAAUUGCGCAUUGCCAUGUGACGUUCAGGCUAAAGUUCUUGAUUAUGGUACUCCUAAGUUUAACAUUGAGCGAUCGUCAAGCUUUCGAGGACUUGAUGGGUCAUGUGAGAUUGAGAUGAAGAGGAAGAGCAAGGUUUUAGGGUGGGUGAAUUCAACUUCAGGAAAUUUAACCACAAUAGUUUCCAGAGAAGUGAAAUUUAAGAAUAAGAUAAAGUUCUAUCUUAAUGGUACUGAAAAAAGGGUAAGACAGAAUGUGAGAGAAGAGACUAUAGUAAGUGUACUGUCUGAUACAGGUAUCACGAUUUCUCGGACCACUACGAAAAAGACAUAUCCACUUAGUAUGACCACUAAGAAUUCGCCUUCAUCAGAGAAUGAUACAAGCUUGAUGCUUACUGACCUAGACCAUGAAUGGAGGGAGAGGAAGUCCAUUGGGGAUUUAUCAAUCUCCUUGAUAAAUCGGCAGAAAUGCAAUGGUUGGAUGGUCGUUCAAGAUCAUGAUGUUCUAUCUGGUGGUGCCACCACUCAACAAACUUAUUCUUAUAGGGAUGAAGUUGGUUGCUAUUCCCGGAUCGUUUCAGCUGGCAAUGGAACGCUUAUGAACGACACUUCAAGCAGUAUUUGUUCAUUUUCAGCUUUGUGA